AUCUAGAGCAGCUGUACCUGGGCCUGUACUGCACCAAUAACCACCUGCUCCUGCCCUCAGAGGGCAGCCAUCUGCUCACCUGGAAGUGGCACCACAGCCUGCAGGAGCUCGAUCUGGCAGGGCAGCGCUUCAGCGAGCAAGACCUGGAAUGCGCCAUGGCCGCCUUCGGGCAGGGCAGCAGCCGGGCAGCCCUGCGAUCCCUCAACCUGACCGGGACCAAGGUCACCGUGAGCACUGUCAGUGCCCUGAUCAUCAGCUGUCCUGCCCUGAGCUACCUCAACCUGUCGUCCUGCCGCUACCUGCCCCGGGGCAUGAAGAAGGUGUAUCGGGGCCAGGACGACAUCCACCAGUGCUUGAGCAAGCUGCUGGCCAGCGCCGACGAGCCGGCCGCUGCACAGGAUACGUCGGAAUGACACCAGCACCUCCCCUCUCCAGAGACAGGCCUGAGGCCCAGGCCUGCGCCAGGAGCAACCCCACGCACAGGCUGAGUGCCAGGGCUGGUGUUUCGCUGGGACGUUCCUGGCAGCGUGGGUGGCACCUGGGACCUGGGCACCCACCUGGUGCUGUAGCAGCAAGCAGCCUGUUCCCCCGGGAGGAGCAGCCGUGCCUGGUCCCCCGCUCCCCAAUUUGAUAGCGCCCCCUUUUUGUAUGACGUUCCUCUUGGAUUUGUCAGUGUUUUACUGUCCGGCGCAGCGCCCAGUGCUCCAGAAUAAAGGGC